AUGUUCCUGCACGUGGGCGGCGCCAUAGGCUACUGGCAGGGCGACACCCACAAGCUCGUCGACGACAUCGGGGCGCUGCGGCCGACGCUGUUCAUCGGCGUGCCGCGCAUUUUUGACCGCAUCUACACCGCCGUCACGGGCCAGAUCAACAAGGCCGGUGGCGUCAAGAAGCUGCUGUACACCUGGGGCUUCAACCGCAAGCUGCACUUCAUGAAGCGCGGCUGGAGCCAGGCCUGGGCAUCGCCCUUCUUCGACAGGCUGGUGUUCAGCAAGGUCAAGAGCCGCCUGGGCGGCCGCGUGAAGCUCAUCGUCAGCGGCGGCGCCCCCCUGGCGCCCCACGUGGAGGAGUUCCUGCGUGUCGCCAUGUGCGCCCCCGUGGCACAGGGCUACGGCCUGACCGAGUGCUGUGCGGGCGCAGCCAUCGCCCUGGCGGACGAUUGGGAGCAGUUCGCCACCAACGGGCCCCCCCUGCCCUGCAUCGAGAUCCGCUUCGAGAGCGUGCCCGAGAUGAACUACGACGCCACUGACAAGGCCAACCCCAUAGGAGAGGUCCUGCUGCGCGGCCCCUGCCUCUUCACCGGAUACUACAAGCAGCAGGACAAGACCGACGAAGUCCUGGACGCUGACGGCUGGUUCCACACCGGCGACAUUGGCAGGAUCACGGACAGCGGCGGCCUCAAGAUCAUCGACCGCAAGAAGAACAUCUUCAAGCUCAGCCAGGGAGAGUACAUCGCCGUGGAGAAGCUGGAGGCCACCUACCUCAAGGCGUCACCCGUGGAGCAGAUCUGGGUGUACGGCGACAGCUACCAGGCCAAGCUGGUGGCCAUCGUUGUGCCCAAGCCCCAUGCGCUGCAGGACUGGGCCAAGGCGCAGGGCAAGAGCGGGUCCGUCGAGUCUCUGUGCAAGGACCCCGCGGCGGCGGCCUGGGUGGUGAAGGAGCUGGUGGCAACGGGCAAGGCCGACAGGCUCAAGGGCUUCGAGCUCGUGUCCGCGGUCCACCUGGAGCCCCACCAGUUCUCAGUGGAGGCCGACCUGCUGACGCCCACCUUCAAGCUCAAGAGGCCGCAGCUCAAGAAGGCGUACAUCGGCGAGAUCGACCGCAUGUACAAGGAGCUCGAGGCGGCCCAGAACGCCAAGCCCAGCAGGGAGUGA